AUGAAUCUGGCCACAAAGGGGAGGAAAUCUGGCGAGUCAAGCUCACACAAUAUAUCCCAAGAAAGUGUUGGUACUGGUAAGUUGCUGACUGCUCUAAUACCUCAAAGACGGCUGUCAAAAUCUAUAGCCAGCCUCAAACCCGGUAGAAAUGGAAAGGGAAGAACAGCUUCCAUUGGUUCAGAUGGAGAAGAAAUGGUCCGCAGUGAUUCAGAUGAUACCGGGGGUUACGAUGUUGCGAAAUCUAGAUUUAUGAUGAAGAGUAUUGCAGACUUAUUGACUACGGCUAGUGUCUAUGCUGGUAUGGAUGAUGCUCAGGAGGCGGACGACUUGGCACAAGAUUUGACGCAGAACGACAAGGAUCGCAGAAAUGAGGACGAUGAUUUACUAGGAAGGCAGCAGAAAGAUAGUAAUGAUGAAGUUCAGGCAGAUUCUGAGGGGGGACCUGUUCGUCUGGCUGCUACGAGAAAACCUACACUUUUCUCGUUCUCGGUAGUACCGACUGAGAAGAUGGAGUCUGCGAUGGGCUCCGACCAGGCUUUCAAGAGGAAAAUUAUUAAGAAGUUACUUGAACAUUUCAAACUUGAUCAAAACGAAGAGCUGUUGAAGGAUUACUCAGCGUGGCUUUUGAAGGAUGUUUUAGUUCAGGGAAAUCUACUGGUCACUUCUAGACACAUUCUUUUCUUUGCAUAUUUACCAAAGAACCCUGGGACGAUCAAAUUAAGUGGAAACUUGAACAUACGAUCCACCCUUAGAACGUCUGUUCGUUAUUGGUGUAUUCUGAAAGAUCAAACUCUUUCACUUUACAAUUCGCCGACCGAAGUAUAUUUCCCAGUUCUCACAAUAGAUUUGAGCAAUACAACAAGUAUACAUCUCGAAAAGAGAUCAUCUUCUGAUGACCCAAACACGACCUUUAAGGUGCAUAAUAAUGGAAGAACUUAUGUCUUUAACGCCGACACGGAAUACUCUGCAAGGGCUUGGUGUAAUUCACUAAAGAAACAGCAAUUUGCAGCUCAAAAUACGGAGAAUGAUUCUGUGAGUGUCAAGAUACCGUUAGCAAACAUCAUUGACCUUGAUGAUCAAGCCAUUGUUAAGCAAGCUUUGACUGUGCGGAUACGUGCCUUGGAGAGUGCUCAUUCGUUCGCAAUUGAUGAUUUUCACUUUGUAUUCCUUGACGGGUCUGGGUUCUCUUUAAUGGAUAUGGUGAAGAAGCAACUCUCUGCACUGAAUACCUUGGGGGUACGAAUCCUGUUCGACAACUUUUCGCCUGGAGAUGAUCCCAAUAGCUCAGCUAAACUUGAAGGUGGUAGAAAAUGCAUAGAAGACACAAAGACUCAAGAGUCGAGCCAAACUUCUUUUGAUAUGAGUUCCAAAGAGCAUGCUUCUUUGAUUGAUAACAUCUUACACCAUACGCCAGGCUCAUUGGCGGCCAAAGAUCCUGAAGAAAAAACCUGGUCGAGGAGGCUGCGUUCAAUGAGUGGAAGUUUGUUUACAAAACCUUCCAUCUUCAAUGGCUCUGAUGAGGAUGUCGUAGUGGAAUUUUAUUCAAGAUUCCCCACCCAGGCUUCCGAUAAUGCUUCAAGAAGCACGCUCAAGGAUCAAUUCUCAGAUGAUGAUGACAAAGCUACUGAAAGUGAGCAUGGUCAUAGAAAAACCAAACUAACUGAUUUGGCAACCAAACCUUUCAAAAAUGUUGCCGAAAUGUGGAAUGCUCACCCAAUACACUAUAUGAACGAUUAUGUUCCAUUUAGUGAAGAUGAUCCAUAUUUGGUGAAAAAUAAACGUAAAGUACAUGCAUUGCAUAGAUUUAGGCGCCAUUUUAAAUUGAACAAUAACGAAAUUUUAAUAAGUGCGUCGUUUACCCAUUUAGUAAGGAAUGUUCCACUAUAUGGGAAACUGUAUAUUGCCAACGACGUUCUGUGUUUCCGAACGCUGCUACCAACGGUUAACACCAAAAUGAUCUUACCUCUCAAUGAUGUUGAAACUUGUUAUAAAGAGAAGGGUUUCAGAUUUGGUUAUCUGGGUCUCGUCAUCGUUAUAAGGGGUCAUGAGGAGCUGUUUCUUGAAUUUAGUACUGCCUCAGCUAGAGAUGAUGCUGAAUACGUCAUAUUGAAACGUUUAGAUGAUGUUAAAUCAAAAAGAAGAGUGCCAGCAUCUGUCUCGGCCAAUAUCGUGGAGACUGAUAGCAAUACCGCCAAACUCAAGUUCUUCGAAGAUAAGAUCAAUGCUGAGGGUUUUGAUGUUCCAUUGCUCUUUGAUGAGAAUCCAUACUUCAAGACUAAUAUAAAGCCUCAACGGAGCUAUAAAAUUGCUAUGCUGACUAUCGGUUCUCGAGGUGAUGUUCAGCCCUAUAUUGCGUUAGGAAAAGGGCUGCUCAAAGAAGGUCAUCAGGUAACGAUCAUCACUCACAGCGAGUUUCGCGAAUUUGUCACAAAGCAUGGUAUAGGGUUUGAACCAAUCGCAGGAGACCCUGCAGAAUUGAUGUCGCUGAUGGUUGAACACGAAUCGAUGAAUGUAGGGCUUUUCAGAGACGCUUCUGUCAGAUUCCGCGAUUGGAUUACCGCUUUACUUGAUACUUCUUGGGCGGCCUGCAAGAAGUUAGGGCUGGAUAUGUUAAUCGAGUCUCCUUCGGCUAUGGCAGGGAUACACAUUGCAGAAGCGCUUGAUAUUCCUUAUUUUAGAGCUUUCACCAUGCCAUGGACGAGAACUAGAGCUUAUCCUCAUGCAUUUAUUGUUCCAGAUCAAAAGCGUGGCGGUAAUUACAAUUAUUUGACUCAUGUGUUAUUCGAAAAUCUAUUUUGGAAGGGAAUCAGUGGCCAGGUCAACAAGUGGAGACUCGAAUCACUUGGCUUGGAUAAGACAAAUCUCGAUAUGCUACAGCAGAAUAAAGUACCGUUUUUCUACAACAUCUCUCCCACAAUAUUCCCACCUUCCGUUGAUUUUAGUGAAUGGAUCAAAGUGACUGGAUACUGGUUCUUAGACGAGAAGACCGAUUACAAACCUCCGCAAGCAUUGGUUGAUUUCCUAAGCCGGGCAAGAAAGCUGGGAAAGAAGUUGGUUUAUAUUGGGUUCGGAUCCAUAGUGGUUUCUAAUGCAAAGGAAAUGACCAAGGCGAUCGCGAAAGCAGUUGAGGAUGUUGACGUCUAUUGUGUUUUGAAUAAAGGUUGGUCAGAAAGAUUAAAUGACAGUUCUUCUAAAGAAAUUGAAGUAGAGCUUCCAGAGUGUAUUUUUAAUGCUGGCAAUGUUCCUCACGAUUGGCUUUUCCCACAAAUGGACGCAGCGGUGCACCAUGGUGGGUCUGGAACCACCGGUGCGACCCUAAGGGCGGGGCUUCCUACUGUUGUCAAACCAUUUUUUGGAGAUCAGUUCUUUUACGCCCUCCGUGUAGAAGAUAUUGGUGCUGGACUGGCACUGAAGAAAUUGAAUAGUCACUCGUUAACCAAAGCUCUGCAGCAAGUUACUACGAAUAAAAGAAUGGCCGAUAGAGCUUUACUGAUAAAGAAUCAAAUAGCUAACGAGGAUGGUGUUCGUACAGCCAUAAACUGUAUCUACGGCGAAUUGGAGUAUGCAAGAAGCUUGGUUCUUGCCAGAAGUAAGAAGGAGAAGAUAACGCCAUAUAAAGAGGUUCAAACGUCUGAACCAUUGGCAAACAAAGCUUCAAAUAACCAAGCGGAUGAAUCGUGGUUUUUUGUGUAG